UUCCAACGGAAGUUGUGGUAGCUGUGUGAAGUGUGUGUGUUCCUGCCGGUGUUUGAUUGUGUGUAUCAUCGAAGCCGGGAGCGAUGCCUGAACUGGCGGUAGAUAGAGUUGUGGUUCACCCCUUGGUGCUGCUUAGCGUGGUAGAUCAUUUUAACAGAAUUGGAAAGGUCGGAAACCAAAAGCGAGUUGUCGGUGUCUUGCUGGGCUCCUGGCACAAGAAAAUCUUAGAUGUCUCCAACAGUUUUGCAGUUCCAUUUGAUGAAGAUGAUAAAGAUGAUUCUGUCUGGUUUCUGGAUCACGACUAUCUGGAGAACAUGUAUGGGAUGUUCAAAAAGGUCAAUGCUCGUGAACGGAUAGUGGGCUGGUACCAUACUGGGCCGAAGCUUCAUAAAAAUGACAUCGCCAUUAAUGAACUGAUGAAAAGAUAUUGCCCAAAUUCGGUGCUGGUUAUAAUUGAUGUAAAGCCAAAAGAUCUGGGCCUUCCCACUGAGGCGUACAUUUCUGUGGAAGAAGUUCAUGAUGAUGGCACACCAACUUCAAAGACUUUUGAACAUGUCACCAGUGAGAUUGGUGCAGAAGAGGCAGAAGAAGUUGGAGUGGAACAUUUGUUAAGAGACAUCAAAGAUACUACAGUGGGGACCUUGUCGCAACGCAUUACAAACCAGGUGCAUGGACUGAAGGGACUGAACUCCAAAUUGCUUGACAUCAGGAGCUACCUGGAGAAAGUGUCCUCAGGCAAACUACCCAUCAAUCACCAGAUCAUCUAUCAGCUGCAGGAUGUCUUCAACCUACUGCCAGAUGUCAACCUCCAAGAGUUUGUUAAAGCCUUCUACUUAAAGACUAAUGACCAGAUGCUUGUGGUCUAUCUAGCCUCACUGAUCCGCUCUGUGGUAGCCCUUCAUAAUCUUAUCAAUAAUAAGAUUGCCAAUAGGGAUGCGGAAAAGAAAGAAGGCCAGGAAAAAGAGGAAAGCAAGAAGGAGAGGAAAGAUGAAAAGGAAAAAGAGAAGAGUGAAGCAAAGAAAGAAGAAAAGAAGGAAAAGAAAUAAUUUGUAUUAGUAUUUUUUUGUUGUUCAGGGAAUGGGUAGGCCUAUUAAAGCAAAUAUUGUAAAGAGAAA